UCUCUAGUACGAGCAGUUUCCAAAUGUGUUGAAUUCCCUGAACUGAAGUUAACUUUUGGCUUAACAAUCCCCUGCUUAAAAAAAAAACCCCAAAAUAUAAACAACAUUUGUUUUUGUCAUCUGACUUUGCAUCGCUUCCAUGCCGUGGCCGUGGUGAGGCGGCAGUGAGGGUGUGAAGGCACGGCUGUUAUAGCAGCCCGGAGAGUCGGCGCCCGGCUCGCUCUGGUUUGGGUCGGGUGAGGUGUCUUCUUCUCGCUCCUCUUCUUACCAACUGUAUUUUCCGAGGGACAUUGGUUUGGGUUCCAUCAUGGCCGGGUGCUGCCUGUCCGAAGAAGAUAAAGAGUCCCAGCGGAUAAACGCCGAAAUCGAGAGGCAGUUGCGGAGAGACAAGAGAGACGCCCGAAGGGAACUCAAGCUGCUCCUGCUGGGUACUGGUGAAAGUGGCAAGAGCACGUUCAUUAAGCAGAUGAGAAUCAUCCAUGGGGAUGGCUACUCGGAUGAAGACAGGAAAAAUUUCACAAAGCUUGUAUUUCAGAACAUAUUCACUGCAAUGCAGGCAAUGAUCAGAGCUAUGGACACACUCCGGGUACAAUACAAGAAUGAGCAAAACAUGGAAAAUGCAAAUAUGGUCAGAGAAGUAGAGGUGGAUAAAGUCAUCGCAUUUGAUAAAACUUAUGUUGAAGCAAUUAAGAAAUUAUGGAAUGAUCCUGGGAUCCAGGAGUGCUAUGACAGACGUCGAGAGUAUCAGCUGUCUGAUUCUGCCAAAUACUACCUUAGUGAUAUAGACCGCAUUAGUUCACCAGUAUAUAUACCAACUCAGCAAGAUAUACUGCGGGUCAGAGUACCAACAACUGGAAUCAUUGAAUAUCCAUUUGAUUUGGAGAACAUAAUCUUCAGGAUGGUAGAUGUUGGAGGUCAGAGGUCUGAACGAAGAAAGUGGAUUCAUUGUUUUGAGAAUGUCACCUCAAUCAUUUUCCUAGUUGCACUAAGUGAAUAUGAUCAGGUCCUGGCUGAGUGCGAUAAUGAGAAUCGAAUGGAGGAGAGCAAGGCACUAUUUAAGACGAUUAUCACCUAUCCCUGGUUUCACAGCUCCUCAGUCAUUCUCUUCUUGAACAAGAAGGAUCUUCUGGAAGAAAAGAUCAUGUAUUCUCAUCUAGUUGAUUAUUUCCCAGAAUAUAAUGGUCCUCAACAAGAUGCCAAGGCUGCUCGUGAUUUCAUCUUAAAGACCUAUCAAAAUCAGAAUCCAGAUAAAGAAAAGGUCAUCUACUCUCACUUCACAUGUGCCACAGAUACAGAGAAUAUACGGUUUGUCUUUGCUGCCGUCAAGGACACUAUCCUACAAUUAAACCUGAAGGAAUUUAACCUUGUAUAAAGGACAGACUUAUACCAUGAAUUCACUUCACAUCACUCAAUACUUUUUGUAAAGCUCUAUAUUUUUACUUGCCAGUUCAAAGUUGUACUUGGUACCUGUAAACUACAUUUACAAACUUGCACACAAGUUGCCAGUUCUAUGGAGAGCUUGGUGAUGACACUGCAGAUACAUCGCUUGUGGUUAAUCAUCUGUGUUCUGUUUAGAAUUUUUCAUUCACUUAGAAUUCUUCUGUUUGCAAAAGAAAAUGUGCUGGUGGUGUUCAGCGCAUUUCUGAAAAAUGGGUCAAACAGGGAAGUUUAUAGCUUUAUUAACUGAGGUGGGUUUAAAAAAAAUGCUGGGAUAUGGGUCAUGUUGAAAUGGGCCUUAAAUAUGUUUUCCAAAGGUGAUUGUUUUACAAUUUUUGUAAUAGUAAGAAUGCUCCCAACUUUGGUUUUAUCUAUCUCACUGUGUCAAAAUAUAUGUGGCAUUCCUGGAAUCCAGAGGUUUACUGAAUGCAAAAGAUUACCUAAAUAAAAGGUACAAAAAACUUUAUUUUAUGGUUCCCAUUAUGACUACUGGCUGAGUUACAUUUAGCAUAUGGAGGUGUUUUAAUUAUGAAUAACCUAUUUAAAGAAAGUAAAUGAUUGGUGUACAAAAAAUAUUUUGACUUUUUCUUUGAGUUUUUAUUCCAAUUUUAUCCAAUUAAUCCAAUUUUGGAAUCAUAGUGUAAAUUAAACUACAGAUGCCUUCAACAUUUAAAAUGCUAACAUCAUAAAUUAUUGCUGUCAUUGAAGGCAGUGUACAAUGAACUUAGUAAGAAUUUUGAAUGCAAAAUGCUAAAUUUACUAAUUUAGACAAGGAUUUUAAAUGGGUUUUAUUAGCAGUAAAGGGUUAGAAUGGUUCUUGAAUUAGCGUAAAAUGUUUUUGUUCAACCUAUUAAAAGAUAAGGUUCUCUUUUAUAUGUGAACAAUGACAAAUGUACAAGCUUAGAUUGUAGAAGACUUCAAAUCUCUGUUUUGUACAGAUGAAAGCACCUUCACAUACCAAAGAGUUGCAAAAGAUCGAUGGAACUACUUAACAGGAUUUUAUUUGUUCUACCACCAUCAUAAUAGGAAUUACAGAUAGGUACAUAGUGUUAAAAUGCUUACAAGCAACUGUAAAUAUGUAUCCUAUAUAUAUUAUAUAUAUAUAUAUAUAUCGCAUCUUUUCUAGCUUUAAAAAUUAUUUAACUUGGUCAAAAAGAAAUAAUAUUUGAAAUAAUGUACUAUCAAUAAUUGUAAAAGAAUGUACAGGUGUUUCCAUAUUUUAGGAAAGCUAUAAGUAAUCACUUUUUUUAAGUUCUGAGAUUUAAUUUGUAAUACACAAUCCUGUCAUUUAAUCUCAUUUUGAUUUUUAAAAUUUCUUUCACUGCUAUAUUUCAUAACGAGAAGGUAUGUUAGAAAUUAUUGUAAUUUUUCAGGUUCACCGCUGUCUUAUCUUUUUAUUGGAUUUUUACAUUAUAUGCAAUAGGUAGUGGUUUUUGAAUGUUACAAUACUGUGCCUUUGAAUCAGAUGCAUAAAAAGACUUGCUUUUGCUAUGACAUCUCAUCUGAAUAUGACCAGUGUGAUGUAUCUGAGUUAAGUUAGUCUGCAGUGUUUGUUUCUUUAGUCAUUAAUGUUUUUUUAUUAUGAUACUUUUUGAAUGAAUCAGAUGAUAAGGUGCACUAAAGCUGCAGAAUUCUUUGUUGGGCCAAUGUAGUCUAGUUCAAAGCAAGUUUGUGCUGUCUUUUUUUUCUUUGAAUAGGACUCUUCAUUUUACAAGAAAUCCAAAUGAAACCAAAUCUAGGAGAUACUGGCCUGAAUACUAAUAGAGAUGGGAAAUGUCGAGGGGUGGGGAGGGCGCAGAGUGGAGAAACAUGGGUUUCCUCACAUACAAUGGAGUUUUAACUUGGGUGAAAGAUGAUUAUACAUCUUUCUUAGUGUUCAUGUACUCUGUCUCUUUUGAAUUUGUGAAAAUAAUUAGCAUUAGCUUCACUGGGAUUUGUACUAAAUCAUUUUGCAAUGCAUAUUUAAGCAGAUAAUUCAGUGUUGUUUCAACAUGUUUUGUUGUGUGUGUGCUGAUAGCCAAGAGCAAUUUGCGAAAGCCAUCCAACCAAAGCAGGAAUUUCUAAUUUUGCAAGCAAAACUUAUUUUACAAACUGGGAAUCAAAAUAAUUUCAUUUGGAUGUAUAAUUUUACUUUGAAAAUUUAAACCUAUCUGUACAUACUGUAACUUUAAAAGUUGAGCAAUGGGUUCAGGGGAAGAACACUUGCCAUAAACAAUCAACUUGCCAAAUACCAUGUUUUCAGAAGGUGCUAAAAUAGCCAACAGAAAGAUGAAAUCUGAGAUGAAUGCACUUUUGGUAUCCUUGUUUCAGCUGCAUGGCACUCAAUGUAAUUUUGUUUCAUCUUUUUAAAUUAGCCAAAUAUUUCACCCUUUACAUAGGCUUUUAGAUUCUAUAAUUUACAAAUCUUAACAUCUGACAGAUGAAAGAUUGUUAAGAUUCUUUUAUUCUUGUAUUGUAAAGUUUUCAUUGAUCAAUAAUUAACUGAUCUGUGCUUUGAAACUAAAGAUGUUUCACAUUUGGUAAUGCUGCUGUUUUGAUCCGAAAUUAAACACAAACUUGGUUCUUA